CGCUUCUGCUGUCACUAGGCAUAAAUCUCUUAUCUUUCCCCUCUCCUUUUUUUCUCCUCCUCCAGAAAAUGUUGUUUACUCCUUUUAAAGCAGAGCGUCUUUUGUUCAAAUGAAACACUGUGUGUUGAACUUCUACAGUGACACAUUGGAAAGUUCCGUGUUUUGGAUUUGGAUUGAAAUCAGCGCUGUUAUGGACGGAGACUGGCUCAGGAUCUGCGUUUUCAUGCUCACCACAAGUUUCCUUCAAGAAGGAGCAGCUCUGAAGCUGAGAAAUGAGCUGUUGGGGAAGUGUGUGCAAUUGGAUGGAGAAAGCCAAGAAAAGUUGACUUUGGAGGAGUGUAAUCCAGGUUCAGGCUUUCAAGAAUGGCAGUGGAAUCCUGAGACACGCUCCUUGCGGAACCCACACACAGGAAAAUGUUUGACAGCUCUCAAGAUCCAAGAUCAGGGAACUGUUGGCCUCUCAGCAUGCAGAGCUGAAGAUGAUGAGACUCAGGCCUGGAGUUGCUCAAAAAAGGGCCACCUUAUAUUGUACGGCAAGGGUUUCCAUUUGAGUGUACGCUCCGAUUCGUCUGAUAUCUUUCUUUCCACUGAGAGAGGGAAGAGUUCCAAGUGGAAGACACUGAAUGAGCGAACAAUGUGUGAAGAGCCACCGGAUGAGCCUAAGAAGAUAGAACCAAAAAUCAUAGCAAAAAUUCGCUUGUGGCAGUCUCAAGUAAAUCUAGACCAGGAUGCUUCGAAACCUACUCAGGCUUCACACGUCCCUACUGUAUUUUCACAGUUAAACAGCAACAUUGAUGAGCUAGACUCUGGUGCAUAUGUAAACCCUCUCAGCAUGGAGUACGGACUGGAGUGGAAGGUGACAAUGCUGGUCCUGAGCUCAGUUGCCCUCGUCAUUGGGAUGGUCAUUCUCUUCCUGAGCAUCUACCAAAAUAGGCGUAAGAAGACUGUUGUGGUUCUUAAGUCAUACACAUCCACUGGUGAAGCCAGUCAGCCUGGUUCUCCAGUUACUAAUGAACGAGCUCCUCUCACCAAACAUCCAAUGAAACCUCCCCGUUCUCCAUCCAUUCAGCGUGGGGAGAUCAUGGUUGAAUGGAAAGACGGCACUGUUACGCCACUAUUCGACACCUAUCAAACAUCCUAAAGUGCCAGAUCGGAGCCUUACUGCAACAUAACAUAAAUGCUGCCGUAUUCUUAGUUCUAUUAUAUAUAACCUCAUCUACCACUCUUCACAUUAAUGAAUUGUUCGGCUCUUUAGCAUUUUGUGUUUUUUUCUUUUUUAUGCUCCAGCUGCCUUUUUUCAUGCAUAAUUCUUAUUUGACCUCGGAAUUCAAGAUUGCUGGCCACAGAAAUUGUAACAAUCACAAUGACUGUGGUUAGAAAAAGCUUUGCCCAUCAUACUCCUUUUCAAAAUGCUAGAAUCAGUUGAUGUUUAGGUGGAGGUCUGGGCAUGGCCAUGUGACGUGUGUUUAUGUGUGGAAGAGAUUUGCAGUUCACAAUAGAACAGGUUUAUCUACAGCAUUAUUACACAGUGAUAAUAGGAAGUGCACAUAACAGUCACAAUAUAGCGUUUCCCUAGUGUGCAUGCAAAGUUUAAAAUAUUUUUGAUGCUACAUGUUAUACAGCUUAUCUAGAAAAUGCCUGAAGAUGGCUAGGGGAAAAAACAAACAGUGCACGUGUGCACAAGGCUACUGUUUUGUGUGGGUGUCCAUGUGCAUGAUUCUGAUCACACACCAAUGUAUAUUUUAGUAAACAAGAGGGGCAAGUUAGAGUUACUGCAAUGAGUUUCAUUCCUGCAGGCAUUCAUAUCUACACAAGUCCCAACCUGCCAUAUUACAAGCAAGCUCUUUUGUCUCGAUCGUAAUUUGGAACAGGGUGGUGUAGGCUUUUUAUUCAUGAGAUGGCAGAUAGACCUUUUGUUUUUACUUUGAGAAGCCUACAAUAAUUUGCAAAAAUUUGCUAACAAAGCUUGUUCAUUGCUCAUAAUCAAAACCAGUGUUCAUUGUUCGACCAUGAACUGUGUUCAUCAACAUGUAAUGUAGGCCAACAUUUCAGCUAUAUUUUUAUGUGUAUGCAUUAAGUUUUUCCAACAUCUUCACUAUGUUAGGCAUGUUCUUGCUUGAGUAAUGUUUAAUCAUCCCUGCUUUCUACCUUCCAAAAAAAACAUUCAAUCCAUAAUAUGUUCUUUUAGGGGUUUUUCUAUGCCUGGUUCCUUGUCUAUUGUACUGGGGUUAAUCUUUAUACUGUAGAUACAGACCUUUCCAUUCAAAUGCAUGAUUUAAUUCUUGGCGUUGGAGUCCAGUUAAAAAGGUAUAACUAAUUGUAAUUUUAUAUUCAUCAAUAUGUAUUUAACUUGCUCUGUGAAAUUCUUAGAAAAGAAAGAGGGCAUAAGUUAUACUGUGUUUUACCCUUAACUAUUUUCCUCGAAAAGAAAAUAAUGAAUGCAUCCUAAUUUUUUUUAAAUUAUAUACACAAUCCACCUUUAUCCAGACCUAAUUAAGUAUGAAAAGAGGCUUAUGUUCAGUGAGAACAGAGCAUCACCUCACCAAGUCUGGAUUUAUUUAUAGACAUGUAUUUAUAGUAAAGGUGUUUAUCUAAUUCUAUCAAAAAACGAAUCUGUUUAUGUAGGUGCUUCAUCACAGCAACGUUGCUUAAUAAAUAUUAUAUUUAAUAUUAUAUUGUCGUAGCAAUUGUGAGAGAUACUUCAAGCAGCUUUAGUUUAUAAUUGCCAUGAAAUCUACAGGAUACACAGCUAACAGUUUUGAUAAUCUGGAAAUUCUAAGUAAAACUAAGAUGGGAAUGCAUGAAUAGUCGUACUUGUGAACUUAUGCUUGUGAUGUUUUUUAAAUGUUUAACCCAAAUCUGAUCUUGAUCUAUGUAUCUGUAUAAAAGAGCAGUGAAUAAAAUUAGACUAGAGAAUGAAA